AAUGCCCAUUCUGUUUAGGUUCCUGACUCUCUGUGUGUUCUUUCCUGCUGAAGACAAUUCUCUUCCUGUCCCGGCCUAGGGUUAGGGGGCCGAGCCUCAGCCGCAUGGGUAGAAUUGGUCUGCCACCCCCGGACUAGCCGAGGGGGCUGAAGGUCAUGCCCCUUGACCUUUGUCGGUCAGGGCUGGGUGAGGGGCUGUACAGUGAGUCUCCCUUUGCCUGGGGGGAGGAAUUAACACUGGGACAAUAGAGCCCUGUCUGUUCUGGCUUGGGGGUGGUGUCCCCCAGCCCCCAGUAAAUGCCAUCAAGGGAUGGAGGCAGUUUCCCCUGGUGCCUUGGGCGCCCCUGCCCUUCUGUGACGGCUUUCUUUCCUCAGCUGAUCUUGAGCUAGGCCAUGACCUGCCCUUGCUCAGCUCUGCCGUCUCCCCGGUCCUCACAUCCCCUCACAGUCUGUGUUAGGUCGAAGGGGCGUGGGUGCUGGUUGGCACUAGAGCCAGAAACUCCUGAUUUGGGGGCCUUCAAAGGUUAUGUAGGUCCUUCUAAGCAGCUCUUGGCUGAAGAGAGUGUGAGGGAGGCAGGACGGCCUGAGACUGAGAGCCUUGUGGGAAGGAGCAGGAGUGGGAGAGCGCUGUCUGGGCCCGCCCCCCUCGCCUUUUCCAAGCUGAAGAGGCCCACCCACCAGUCUGGGCGGCUGCUGCUAGGGGCUGCAGACUCCUUGGACAGGGAAACAGGUAGGGAGCCAGGGAAGUUAGUGGAGGACGGGAUUGGGAUUGCUUGGCCUUAGGAUGGGUAGGAGCUGGGAAGGAGGCUCCUGAGUGAGGAGUGUGUCUGGUGGAUAUGAGAUGGUGUGGGAGAGGAAUGGAGGUAGAGCUGUGUGACAUGCUUGGGUUUGUGUGGAAGGUGUAGGCUCUCUACAGUUUGGAAGCACACUGAGAAGGGCUGUGUGGGAAGGCUGGCCAUGUGCUCGGGGCUAAGGAGAGCCUGGCUGACGGCAGGACAUGUCCGAGGAAAUGCACAGGCUGUUGCAGACCAUGUGAGUGCUCGUUUAGAAGAGUGAAGGAGGGCUGAGGCUAGACCAGCCAGAGAGAAGCCUGUAACUGCUUGUCUGCAGCCCACAGAGUCUGGAAGAACCAUGGGGCUCAGGGCUGAGCUGGGCGGUUUCCAGAUUGGACUCUUGUUCCUCCUGCUACUGAUGUCAGGCGAGGGGCGCAAAGGAGGAGCUUUCAAACAAAGUGUGGGGGUCUGCUCCAACCAGACCUUGGUGGUUCCACUCCGAUACAACGAGUCCUACAGUCAACCGGUAUAUAAGCCCUACCUGACCCUGUGUGCUGGCAGGCGCGUAUGCAGCACCUACAGGACCACUUACCGCGUGGCCUGGCGGGAGGUGAGGCGGGAGGUUCAGCAGACACACGUGGUGUGCUGCCAGGGCUGGAAGAAGCCACAUCCAGGAGCUCUCACCUGUGAAGCCAUCUGCUCCAAACCUUGUCUUAAUGGAGGUGUCUGCACUGGACCGGACCAGUGCGAGUGUGCCCCAGGCUGGGGAGGGAAACACUGCCACGUGGACGUCGAUGAAUGCAGGACCAGCUUCACCCUCUGUUCUCAUGGCUGUUUGAACACCCUGGGCAGCUUCACAUGCGGCUGUCCGCACCCCCUGGUUCUGGGUUCGGAUGGACGCACCUGUGCAGCAGGGCCUCUGGAAUCUUCAACAAGUGCCAGCAUCCUCAGUGUGGAGGUACGGGAAGCGGAACGUGAGGAGCAAAACCUGAGGUGGGAGGUCGCAGAGCUGCGGGCGCGCCUGGAGCGGCUGGAGCAGGUGAGCAGUGGGAAGAAGCACGGGGGAUGCGCAUGCGCCCGGGACCUUGCCAAAAUCCUGAGGUACCACUUUCCUUUGCAGUGGGCCACACAGGCUGGGGCCUGGGUCCGAGCAGUGCUGCCCAUGCCGCCCGAAGAGCUGCAGCCAGAACAGGUGGCUGAGCUGUGGGGCCGGGGUGACAGGAUCGAGUCCCUCAGUGACCAGGUGCUGCUGCUUGAGGAAAAGCUGGGUGCCUGUGAGUCCCCCUGCUCCCCCACAACUAAAGACAGUGCCAACUUAGCACCUCACCUCAAAACCCUCCAUCUCUGUCGUUACCCCAGACCCGUUCCCCGGGGUUACUUGCUUAGUGUUGGGUGACCUGACUAGAGCCACGUUGCCUCUCUGCCAUUAACCAGGUGCUUGUGAGGACAACAGCCUGGGCCCAAACUUCCACGGCUGACAAGUAACUCCCGCAGCAGCAGCAGCCCGGACCCCUAAUUUAUACAGAAACUGCCUUUCUGGGAUUGGUAGACGGGGAUCGACCACCUGACCACCGAGGCGCGACAAGUCACAGAAAGCCCCCAGAUCUCUCUUUCUCUUUAUUCUCAGUUGCUUGCUGUUACCCCAUAAUAAAAACCAACCACACAAAGCUGGAUCCCACUCGUUCCUUCUGCCCCCAGCCUACCUCCUGGGUCUUAGGAAUGGGUCUAGAGUGGGAGGCAGGGGAGUGGCCAGAGCCACCAG